GCACCAAGGUUUCCGGAUGCUGCGAUGCCGAAAGGUUGAGGAGGAGAUGUGGAGGAUGAACGAACCCAACGAAGAUGUCUUGAGCUAACACGAACAGAUUGUGAGGAUGCUGCACCUGUGUGGGACCGGCUGUCGCACGGCAGCGGGCCACAGCAGGAAGCAAGCCAGAGUGCGGAUGAGCGUCCUCGCAUCGCUCUUCGCCCUGCACGCCCUCACCAUCAUCCGUGCACAAAGUGUGACGGACGUGCCGGCUGCUGCGGCAAUACCUCACGGCCGAAGCUUGCCUGAUGGGGUAGCGGCGGUUGAACGUGUCGGCCGGAGCAUGGCGAGCCGGUCUUCGCCGGCGACCAUAUUCCACAUAGGAGCCGUCGUCAACCCGCCCGAUAGCACAAGUUACUUCGCGCAGGCCAUCGAGGAUGCCACGGCAGAGCACGGCCUCCUGCUCUACGCCCAAACGGUCCAUAUGAACGCAAAUCCCAUCCGCAUAGCACAGAGUGUUUGCGAAAACCUCAUCUCCUCACAGGUAUUCGCUGUCGUAAUCAGUCACCCCGUGAAUGGCGAACUGUCCCCGGCCACAGUUUCCUACACGUGUGGCUUCUACAACGUCCCUGUCAUCGGCAUCAGCUCACGGCAUAGUUCCCUUUCUGAUAAGAAUCUUCACCGGACAUUUCUGCGAACGGUUCCGCCGUACUCCCACCAGGCAGAUGUAUGGGUGAAGAUGUUACAGUUCCUCAGCUACCGAUGCGUUGUGUUCAUCCACAGCUCAGAUAACGACGGCCGGGCUACCCUGGGACGCUUCCAGAACAUGGCCGACCCCGCUGGCAUCAAGCUCGAACGAGUAAUCGAAUACGAAUCUGGAAUCACCGACAUCCUUCAAGAACUGGAAGAGGUCAAGGAGCUGCAUUGCCGUGUAUUCGUUCUUUAUGCUACCGCCGAAGAUGCUACGGGAAUAUUUUCAGAAGUAACGUACCUCAACAUGACAAGUCCCGAGUACGUUUGGAUCGUUUCGGAACAGGCUCUCCAUGCAGUCAAUGUGCCUGAUGGUGUAUUAGCUCUCGAGCUGGUGAACGCAUCGGACGAGAGAGCUCAUAUCAGAGACAGCGUGAAUAUUAUCGCCCUUGCUCUGAAGGAGCUCCAGAGGGAUUCUACGAUGACAACGCCCAGCCUCAACUGCAGCAUGCUAGGAAGAACCUGGGAAUCGGGACUCAAGCUAGUCAGUCUUCUGAAGAAACAAGAGCUUCUGCGCGGAGAAACAGGACGGGUGCGCUUUGACGACAAGGGCGACCGACUCGACAGCGAUUACGACAUCGUCAACAUUGUCCGAGGAAUUAAGGUCCCCGUGGGACAGUACGUUUUCUCAAAGUGGAAAAUGGAUAUGGAGCUGAAGAUUCACUUAGAACAAGUUGUCUGGCCGGGAAAUCAGACGGAGAAGCCACUGGGAUACAUAAUUCCCAAACAUUUAAAAGUCACGACCGUGGCAGAGAGACCCUUCGUCUGGGUGCGACCAGUAUCGGAUGAGUCCGAAUGUCUUCCCAAUGAGAUACUUUGCCCUCGGACAAACAAUUCAGACGGGAUCACAUACCCUUACUGCUGUGAGGGCUACUGUAUAGAUUUGCUCAAAAGCCUUUCCCAAAAACUCAAUUUUACGUACACGCUGUACCAGGUUCAAGAUGGCCAGUACGGCACCUAUGACUUUGUGAAUGGAUCGACGUACAAACGUUGGUCCGGCAUGGUGGGUGAUCUGGUGCGUGGAGUGGCUGACAUGAUCAUGGCUCCUCUCACAAUUACACCGGAGAGAUCGAUCGACAUCGAUUUCACGAAACCGUUUAAGUAUCAAGGCAUAACUAUCCUUGCCAAGAAGCAAGACAAGAGCUCCACCCUGGCGUCAUUUCUUCAGCCGUUCCAGAAGACCCUGUGGAUCCUGGUGAUGGUUUCGGUGCAUGUCGUGGCACUCGCCUUGUACCUCCUAGACAGGUUCAGUCCUUUCGGCCGCUAUCGGCUGCCCAAUAGCGACGCAACCGAGGAGGACGCCCUCAAUUUAUCAAGCGCCAUCUGGUUCGCCUGGGGUGUGCUGCUCAACAGCGGCAUUGCCGAAGGUACACCGCGAAGCUUCAGUGGCCGCGUCCUGGGCAUGGUAUGGGCUGGAUUUGCCAUGAUCGUCGUUGCAUCAUACACUGCCAACCUGGCAGCCUUCCUGGUACUCGAGAAGCCAGAGUCGUCACUCUCGGGGAUCAACGACCCUCGGUUGCGAAACCCGUCGGAAAAUUUUACAUAUGCCACGGUGAAAGGCAGUGCCGUCGACAUGUACUUUCGGAGACAAGUGGAGCUUUCUAAUAUGUACAGAAUUAUGGAGGGCAAGAACUACGACUCGGUGGAGGAAGGCAUCGAGGCCCUGAAGAACAACCAACUGGAUGCUUUCAUCUGGGACUCGUCUCGACUGGAGUUUGAGGCGGCUCAGCACUGCGAGCUGGUGACCGCAGGAGAGCAGUUUGGCCGUUCCGGCUAUGGCAUCGGCCUCCAGCGGAACUCUUUCUGGGUCGACAAAGUCACACUGACCCUACUGGAGAUGCAUGAGAGUGGUUACAUGGAACAGUUGGACAGCAAAUGGAUCCUCAGCGGGGGAGAAAAAUGCGAGACCAAAAACGAACGCACUCCGGCGACACUCGGGCUCACUAACAUGGCUGGUGUAUUUAUAUUGGUUGGGGCUGGCAUCGUUGGUGGUAUAGGGCUCAUCGUCAUAGAGAUAGUCUACAAGAAGCACCAGACACGAAAGCAGCGACGUCUUGAGCUAGCCAGGCACGCUGCGGAAAAGUGGCGAGGUGCUGUGGAGAAGCGCAAGGCGCUGCGGUCGACGCUGCAGAUGCAAGGUCCGACGCGACGCGUGAAGGCCAACGGCAGGGAGCCCUUUACUACCGAGAAGGGCAUGCUGGGACUGCUGGACGCCCCGCCGGCCCCGCGAGCCCGGUGCCCGGAAGGCCCCUCUCCGUUCCUGGUGCCGCCCCCUCCGCCGCCCCCGGCCUCAUCUCCGGCCGCCCUGCGCAUGCGCUCUGCAGGUCACGUACGCUACCUUCUGCGUGGAGAACCUCUCGAAUCUGUAGAUUUCAACGUGUGAACAAGAUAAAGCAACGAGGCCUACGAGGGAUACGGGUAAACCUUAUGCGAUGCGUGAACAUUUCCCGACUGACAGGUGAAUGUUCCUGUCCGUGGCAAAGAGACGCGUCGGCCAUCUUGGUUAACGGGUGCGCCUCACAGGUGCAUUUCGGAAGAGGAGUUGCGAUGUUCUUUUUCUGUGUCCUCCCUGAUUUCAAUGGAGCUCAUCUUGUUUCGUUGCGUACAUUUACCUUAUUCGUUCAACCAACUGCUCCAGGAUGCUAUAAAGGCACGACAUUCUUAAAGGUGUGUCGCAUGCAGGACGCCUGAGAAGUGACAAAACGUGUUUGUGACAAUCGAAGUGGGUACACCAUAUGUGCAUACAUAUUUACGAGGCAAGUUUCAUAUGAGAUGAGAGAGAGUCAUCUGAAACUGAGCAUUAGCUACAGUCGUAUGCCUCAACUGUUAGAGUAUGGUUGUUUCGAUUGUCAAUGUUAUCAUCUAUCUCCCACCCCCCUUGACUUGUUUGAAUUGGUUUUCACACGCAAGUAUAGGAGUGUAUACUAACCAGGGUAAUCACCAGAAAAAAUAUUCGAUACAGUGCUGGUCGCAUUGUCGUUAACGAAUGUGUCACAUCCAGAAAAGAAAGAAAUAUUUACCAUGGAAUGUAUGACGCAUGCAGCCCCAAUAUAAUUUGUAAAGAAUGAUGCAUCUACGAUACACCAGUCCACAGGCGUUUUCUGUUGACGCUGAAGCACUGUCGAAAAUGCGCAAUUUAUUAAGACAACGCGAACGUUAACUCAACAUGUUCCGCAAAUACGGGAAUCACGAAGGUGGAAGUAUACGGACCACGUGCAGCUGUCGUGCGCUAUCAUUCAAGGGAAUCACGAGGCAGAUGAACCGAUAUAUCUACCUUGCAAAUUACGCACUAUGCAUUCGACUGCUAAGGCACGUAUAUGUAUACGUCCACUCCGAAGCGCUGUUUAAUUGUUUAUUCUCUGUUUGUGCCGUCAGUUGUGAGAUCUGCAUUGAAAUCAUUGUGAUUUUUUUUUAUAUGAAACGGCACGUCAUUCAAACGUGAUCGACAACGCGCGUAGAAAAAAUGCAUCCACUUUCGCGUUCCAUGGUAUGUUACUGUAUUAGGAGAACGAAGUUCAAACCUGCACACUAUUGCCUACAAUAUGAAGCGCUCUUAUGAUAACGAUCGUUAUGAUUCAUUCCCACACUGAAGAUAUGUCGCAAAAUAAAGUACAAGUUGCCGCUCGCGAGUUAGGAAACAUGUGAGGGGGACAGUUGAUGUCCUUGUCUGACAUCGCGAGCGCACAAACAGCCUUUUCAUGUGUUCAGUUAAAGCUUGUCUUUGUUUUUCUCCUGUCAGUGGUAUAUUUUUCUUUCUUUUUUGAUACAGCGGAAUAAUGGAUCGUUACUUCCCAACGCUUACUUUUGGUGGGAAGUCACCACUACAGCGCUUAUAAAUAUCUUCGUAAUGUUGAUGGAAUACGUAUAAAAUUGCGGAUUAAAAUUUCUUAAAAUACGUAUAAAAUCACUUCUAAAAUUAUGCACUGAACCCUCGACAGUGUAUCGGAGUAAGUCCUUUGUACUAGGCAAGGGACCUGUUAGGUGACGAGCAUACGAGUAGGGUACAAGCAAGCGAACUGGAAUCGUGCACGAAUUGAUAUGCACGCCUCCAGUCAACGCCAAUCUAUGUCCAACAGUAGUUCCGAAUUCCGUGUUUGCCCUAUAGGUUCGAGUGUGCGGAUUUUUCAUUCACACGGCUUGCCUAUGACAGAUAUCUCCUGACACCUUAAAUAAUGAGGCUGGUAUCCGCUUCCAACGAUGGAUUUUCUUUUUGUCGACAUGUACAACAGUGUUAUAUUCGGAUUCGGAUACUAUACGAAAUAGAGGACAAUUCAUACAUUCGAAUGGUGUUUGCGCUGUAGUCCAGACGCAAAACGCGUCCCUUCGACUGUAAUAGUUCGUAACGUCAUAAGCUUCAUUGGAGUUUGCAGGCUUCUCUCAAGCAAUACUAAUUAGUCGAGAGGAGAGCAUUUAUAUAUAGGCCCACCGUCUCAGUUUUUCCUGUACAAAUUUCUCUUCGUACAACAUACAUAUGCAGGGUGUCUAUUCGGUGCAGAAGAACAAGCACAUUUUACUAGGUUUAUCAAUGCGGUUUCGCUUAUCACCAUGUUUCAGGCAGAACCCGAGACUUUGCUUUGUCACGGCUCUGCGUCUCGGCAGAAGGUAAACAGCUCGCUAAUAAAUGCUGUUCACGAUGCAAGGAAAAGUAGGGGGGAGCUUUCUUUAUGCCCUCCUCCUUUCUUCCCUACUAAGGCGAAUAUGUUUGCAGCCUAACUCCGAUUAAAGCAAGCCCAACGUGUGAUCCAUGGUUGCCCGCUACCCGUGAAACUUCAAGCGGGAGGCUUAUCUGUGUUUAUCUUUCGUUGCGCUCUCGUUCCUCUUAUCAUGAGCUCGUAUGGACACCCUGUAUAGAGAUUAUCCGACGACACUAACGCAUGACAAACUCUGCAAAGAUAUCACGCAUGUAUGCUUCGUUUUCGAAUAAUAAUGUACACAAGUGUAUAUCGAGAUUACGCAUAUAUAUAUAUAACCCAGUACGUUAGCUCAUAAUUCUAUGGCAUGUUAUAGGGUAAGUGGUUAUGAUAAGCUGUUCGCAUAUAGCAGUGCUUAACUGCUGUACCUAUAAAUAUAUACAUACACGAGUCUCUCUGUUAUAUAUAGUGCUUACGCAUUAGCCGUAUACGAAACGUUGGAGCUUGCUUCGAUUGCAAUACUCCAUGAUAUCAUCUAAAAGCACAAAGACCCGGCACAAAGGAGAAGUAUUUUUUUCGAGAAGCCCCACAGGAGAGAAGCUCCCAUUUAGUGGCGCUGCUUCGAAUGCAGGCAUGGAGGAAUAAUGCGAGUGCUUGUUCGGCUUAUGGAUACGUGUGCCAUGUGUAGCUGUAUAGCCUGUUUGAAAGUUUUCUGACAUAUUGCGCCUCGAGAUUGCUAUACGCAGAACACAUCGCGGCUGCCGGUGAUACACGCAGCCGACAGCUACGCAUUAUACAAAACGGCAUUUGUAGUUUUAUAGAGUAGAGAGCUAGGCAAGAACCGUCGCUUUUUAUGCUGCCGCAUUUUUAGUAGAGGAAUUCGUAGCUUUGAAAACCCACGCGACGCUUUGUAAAGCAUUCUUCUGCGAGACGUGUGAUAUAUAUAUAUAGGAUGCCUGCCGUUCGCUUCGAUAUAAGUGCGCAGUUUGUAGUCUUUUUGUAUACGCUCUAACUCGAGCUGGGCAACGAUCAAAACGCUAUCCACUAUACGAGAUUACCGUGUAUAAUCCUUGACUUGUAAUCGGGGCUCCUUCGUCAGUGGGGACGGCGCUGGCUAUUAGACGGUGCAUAAAGUAAACAUGAUCCCUUUGGCGAUGGUCAAACAGUGAUUGGCUGUGGGACACUUUGAUGCGGUUCACAAAGUACGACCUCGUUUCGGCACGGCUUCCUACGAAGUCAGCCCAGAACGCUGAUACCUGACCCCUCCCCUCAACAGCAUUUUCUGUAUACAGGCAGCUGGAUAGCAACCACCUCCUUGUCCAUAGCGUGGUGUUUGGUUAACUUCCGAGAGGUAGUUCAACGGCUGUAUUUCUCUUAAAUUAAAUUAAUUUAAUUAAUCGGCAGAUGCAUUAUCCGCUAUCGGAGAAACACAUACCUCUGUGACUGUAGCUGUUGUGUUGUCUCGGAGUAUAAUCCCAACUGGGGUUGCCAUUUUUCCUCUCUGCGAUGCAGCAGCAUUUCACAACUUGUGCAAAAUGUCGGCCGUGUAAGACGAAUGAAACUAUAGGCUAUAAGAACCGCAGCGUUGCUGCCAGCGCAAUCUAACGAAAAUAUUACUGGACCUGAAUCUGUAAGUUUACCAGAAGCAUUAAACGCUACUCGCACUUGGAUGCGGUGACUUAUCGUUAUCUGUCGGCCUCUAAUUCGACCGAGAUAUCUUUCCGCUCUUAUCAACAACACAGUUUUAUCGCGCUGUUAUCAUUCGCCACGCGCCGUCCCUGCAGCACGGGGGUUCAUUCAUGUCUCUCCGCCUUGCCCUGUACGUCCUUCUCUUUCUCCACCUGUAACUCCCACGUAUUUGACCCAACAGAAGUAGUGAGAUAAUUUCCCAUUGAGGCUGUCCCUUCAUCCAUCCUACCGCAGACCUUGUUCGGUCCCAUAUACUAUUCGUUCAGUGAACUAUACCUUAACCAGAGACAAACAAUGUGCAUAUGUGCCAAAUGCAACUCACGGACGAACGCGUUGCCAAAUGUUUCAAGCGGUGGAUGUGUCCUUAGUAUAAUGUUUCUUUGACAUUCACGAAGGUCAGAAGGUGACGUUGCCCGCAGCUCCAUUAAAGGGAUACUAAUGCGCAAAAAGUUCUCCUCGCAUCUUUCAUUCCGCGGGAAGAACGUUUUCCACUUUAGUGCCUCUUUAAUGGGUCCUAUAUUCUCGCUCAAUGUCUAAAAGUUGUUGACUUUUGCGUCCUGAUUGUAUGUGUGUGUUCUAGUGUAGGAAAUUACGUUCUUACCGUGUAUUCACAUGAGCGCCAUCCUCACGGAAGAUUCUAGUCGAAGAAAAAGCAAAAAAAAAAAAAAAAACUGCUCACGGAGCCACAGUUCCGCCUCGUGUUAUGUUGAGCAUUCACACGGUGCGGGAAUAUCGGGAGUGGCGUACUGCGCACCUUGCAGAAUAUCUACGGAAUAUCUUGUGUCUGUGUCGCAGGAUAUUCCUCACGGUUAACAGUGCAUGUGAGGACACGACGUUGAGCGGUCGUGCUCACGUGAUAGCAGAAAGCUGCAACGCAUCUUCCGCUUGAGCAUUCUGGGAAAUGUCGCUAGUGUCAAUACACGGUUACCCUCGUAUGUGACUGCACAUGAGAUAUCUCUGUACGAAGUCAUAUACUGGACAAAAAAAGAUGAUUCCUUACGUAUAGUAUAUACGUCUGAAACUUUUCACUUUUUGUUUUUCUUUUUCCUUUCUUUUUCUUUUUACACCACAGUUCAUGGUACAUCCGGGUUUUCGUCUGAGUGCCCCCCGGCUUUUUCGGUGUCGUCUUUAGGUUAUUUACCAUGGAUUAUGGUAGUCAUUCUCGUACAUGGAUUAUGUGCUACACAGCGUUGUCCGUUCCCAACAUCGCACUGCGGGUGCAUCCAAUAAAGGGCUUACAUAAACUUAUUCCUGCGACAAAAAGGCUUCACACUUUGCAUGAUCGCAGCUCAUCGUCAUCAAGGAAAUUAAUCAAUCCUUUUAUUUUAUGAACAUAGGAAGUGAACUGUUUCGUCUGUGCUUUUAUCUAUGUCGUCGCUGUUUGGCUACGUUCCACAUCCUUUUGUUGUGUGUUUACGUCCCUAAUUUUGCAGUGGCGGAAAGGUACCCAGCAUCUCCGUGCGGUACCGUUCCGAGAGGACGUGUUCCCAAAUUCCGGAUUAUUAGUAGUCUUUAGCAAAGUUAUGUCCUUAAACGUGCGAGCGAGGAAACGAGUGUUUUUUCAUAUUUUCGAGGGUCAUACAUGAAAGCGCGAGCACUGCAGCAUGAAAAGUGUUGUCUGCCACGGUGCUCGCCGAAGUGUGCGGACGAAUACGAGAAAGUGUUCGUCUGUUUGUGGCUUGUUUGGUGCUAAACUGGUCAGUGAUAUCUGGCAAGAAACAUUUAGUCUGUUAUAUUUCUAAAUGACGUUAUAAAUAAAAAUUGUUGUCG